GAUUAAGCGAAUAAACCAAAGUUCUAAAACUACACAUUCAGAAUGGAAGCAACAACGAUUGACUGGAAUAUGACAUCUGCUGUGACCCCAGGUAGGACCAAUGUCCCUUGUCCCUCGAACGAACUUAGAUGUUGGCCACUUUGGGUAAAUGUCGCUGUACCUAUCAUUAUGGUUGUGAUAUUCUUUGCUAUUUUAACCAUACUUUGGUUUCUACCAAAUAAGGGUGUGAAACGAGCGCUGGCUAAAAAACAAGAAUCUGUGAAUGACGUCAUAAAACAGAAUGUUAAAUCUUCCACACAAGUAAAUACUAACCCAAGCUUCACAAUGACAGAUGAAAAGAACUAUGUUACAAUUCAUGAAACACCCGAAGACAAAAAUGUUUCCCAAGAACCUGACCCAAGAGUAACAGUAUAUGGCUUGCAAAUAGCGACAGGUAUAGUCAAAGCCAGUGACAGUGACAACGAACCAAAAAGCCCUUCAGCCAUAUCCAUCACCAGCACUACCUUACUCGUAAAUAACUGUACUUUAUAGAGUAAAAGCACGACCACCAUAGACCCAAUCUGAGUGUGUAACAUAGUUUAGCAUGUGCAAUCGUACAAUAUGUAAUGGAUAAACUAGUAAUGGAUGAAAUCCAUCACAUGUCAACAAAUAAAACUUAAUUCAAAUCCCCAGUUUACAUUGAAUAAGCAAAUAAAAGAUGUUCACUAACACACAUCAUCCUGGAUCAAUUGAGGUUACUAGUAUAAUAUGUAGCAGUUAUAGAAUUCGAUCACAAAAAUAAAGGUUGUACUCUACAGAUUUAUUUAUGAGACAUUAUCACCCUCCCCCCACCACACCAAACUAGUUCUCACUAUAAGUUCUCGAAAACGUGCUUAAAUUGUGAACGAACAGAUUGGACGUACUUAGAUCCGUCCGGGGUUUAUUUACCACCUUCAGGAACGUACUCGAGCCAGUAGGUCCUCCAGAACUUCAACGCUCAAAAACUUUCUGGUGGUCGUCACGUUCAGCAAUCAGAACGAGUGAUUACCUACUUAAGACGAAAAGGACGUUCUACGAACGGAACUGUCGUACUUCAAACCUAUUAGGAACGUAAUUACGUUAAGACGUUGUUCUGUAGGGCGAAAAUAACAGUCGUAUGAGUUGGAGAAAGUGACUUAUGACAGAAAACAUUGCACUGGUUACCAUUGCAAUCAGGAUAAGAGGGGACUAUAAACACAUUCUGCAUGUAAUUCAUCUACAAAGGAUUGGUAUCGAUAUGGUG